AUGGAUACUAGUGCCGGUGGAGGGAGUCCUCAGGACAUGGUUGUCCCACCAGUUGAAGGCGUUGCUGGUGGAGGGACCGCAUAUGGAUGGAUGGAGGGUGGUGUUGAAGCUUCAACUUCACUAAGAGGAUCGAUAGACCCUUUAGUGGUUCCAACAUCAGAUUUAGUUCAUACCUGGUGCAUGCCAAGCACUGCAAACGUUGGACCUCAAGACAUGCCCAGACGUUUGGAGCCAAUGAACCUGCUGGCAGCUAGAAAUGAGAGGGAAAGUUUCCAAGUCGCUCUACGUCCCAAAGUGUCAUGGAGUAGUUUGGGCAAUGCGGGCGUUGUCCAGGUUCAGUGCACAGACUUAUCAUCAGCUUCUGGUGCUCGGUUGGUUGUCGGACAAUCGAUUACAAUGCGGAAAGUGGUUACUGUGUUAGGUGUUCCAGAUGCUCUUGUGCCACUAGAUCAUCCUACCAGCCAGAUAAGCUUAGUUCCUGGGGAAACAUCAGCAGUUUGGAUUUCCAUAAAUGUUCCCGCUGAACAGCCAACUGGUCAGUAUGAAGGGGAGGUCAUUGUCACAGCCACGAAAAAUGAGGCGACGUCUCCAUCACAAAGCAUGAGUAGAGCUGAAAAGCAUCAACUGUUUACGGAACUUAGAGACUGUCUUGACACUGUGGAGCCCAUUGAUGGAAAACCACUGGAGGAAGUGGUAGAAAGAGUGAAAUCUGCGACCACUUCUCUAAGAAGAGUUCUUCUAUCUCCAUCAUUUUCUGAGUUCUUUUCAGAUAAUGGAUCAGUUGACAUUAUGGAUGAAGAUGCUGUUUCAAACCUCUCCAUCCGUGUGAAGCUUAACUUGACUGUCUGGGAUUUUGUAAUUCCAGCGACCCCUUCUCUUCCAGCAGUAUUUGGUAUAUCUGAUACUGUCAUUGAGGACCGUUUUGGUGUCGAGCAUGGAAGUAAAGAAUGGUUUGAGGCACUGGAUCGUCACUUUGAGUGGCUUCUUCAAUUCAGGAUCAGCCCAUAUUUCUGCCGAUGGGGAGAAAGCAUGCGUGUCUUGGCAUAUACCUGUCCCUGGCCAGCUGAUCAUCCUAAAUCAGAUGAGUAUUUAUCUGAUCCAAGAUUAGCAGCUUAUGCUGUGCCAUAUAGUCAAGCGGUCUCCAGUAAUCAUGUUGCCAAGGAUUACUUGCAGAAAGAAGUAGAGGUCUUGAGGACAAAAUCUCACUGGAAAAAGGCCUACUUUUAUUUGUGGGAUGAGCCACUGAACAUGGAACAAUACAAUUCAGUCCGGAAUUUGGCCAGUGAGGUUCAUACUUAUGCUCCUGAUGCUCGUAUCUUGACGACUUAUUAUUGUGGACCAAAUGAUGCACCGCUUGCACCUACCCCUUUCGAGGCUUUUGUGAAAGUCCCAAAGUUCCUCCGUCCUCACACUCAGAUUUACUGCACGAGUGAGUGGGUUCUUGGCAAUCGAGAGGAUCUUGUCAAGGAUAUUAUCUCCGAGUUGCAGCCAGAGAACGGUGAGGAAUGGUGGACGUACGUCUGCAUGGGGCCUUCUGACCCUCAUCCGAACUGGCACCUCGGAAUGCGAGGCACCCAGCACCGCGCUGUGAUGUGGCGCGUAUGGAAAGAAGGCGGGACAGGGUUCCUCUACUGGGGCGCCAACUGCUACGAAAAGGCUUCCACUCCUAGUGCUGAGAUACGAUUCAGGCGUGGCUUGCCACCGGGCGACGGAGUCCUCUACUACCCGGGAGAGGUGUUCUCCUCUUCCAACGACCCCGUCGCUUCACUUCGACUCGAACGAAUUCUCAGCGGCCUGCAGGACAUCGAGUACCUUAAACUGUACGCUUCGCGAUUUGGACGAGACGAAGGGCUUGCCCUUCUGGAGAAGACAGGGAUGUAUCUCGGCCCGGAGAGGUACACCGCAGAGCAUAUGCCUAUCGACAUGAUGCGCGGCGAGAUCUACAACACGUGUCGCCUGUGA